CGGGCGGCGGGGAGCGCCGGCAGCCGCCCUUUCGCCGAGCCGGGCUCGCCGGCCUUCGCUACGGCUGGGGAGUGGGUGUCCGUGUCCCCCUUCCCCGUUACCCCCCACCCGGGAUCGGCGCCUCGAAAUCAGCCAGGAUGUCAAAACCGGUAUGUCUGGUGGAUCCGUGUCUUCGUGUGAAUCCAGAAGCGUUGACCUUGCUCAGGCAGCUUUCUGGCCCUCUCUACGUGGUGGCCAUCUUUGGGCCCAAAGGCACCGGGAAAUCCUUCCUCCUGGAUCAGCUGGCGGGGCAGGAGAAAGGAUUCGGCUCCGCACCAGGGAUAUGGCUGCAACGCCUGCCUCACCCAACAAAGCCAAAUGAAAACCUCUUACUGCUGGAUACAGAAGGCGUUCCUGAGCAAAUGGAAGAAGAAGAAAAUGAGUUUUUUUCCAGGCUCUUCUGCUUAAAUGUAUUGCUCUGUGACCUUUUCAUAUACAAUACCAAAGGGGAUGAAGACCCUCAGAAGGAGCUCGACAAGCUGGCAUAUGUGGCAGAGCUAGAUAAUAAGGUGCAGGUCCUGGAAGACUACGCUUUGGAGAACAGCUUCUUGCUCAACACUGUCCUGCCUCCGUUCGUCUGGUGCCUUCGCGAUGUGGCUUCGGACACCGUUUGGGAAGAGAUGCUCCAGGCCAGUAACCAUGAGAUGGAUGUUCUCCUCACUUCCUUGGCAGAGGACACACCAAGCAGCUGCGUACAGAAGCUGUUCCCUUCGCACAAGGCCUUCUGCUUCCACUCCCCGCAUUUGAAUGAAAUUGAAAAAGAGGCUUUACUGGACGAGCCGCACCCCGUUUUCCAGAGGCAGCUAAAGGCGUUUAAAAGCUAUAUCCUGAGCAAAACACAGAACAGAAACAUCAGCGGAGAAGUUUUGUCUGAGAAGCUGGAACAGUUUGUGGAGGCCCUGUCUUGGAAUCAACCCAUUCUUCUGGAUAUUAUCUGUGGAGGCUUGCAAGCAGCAUCUGCAUUGGAGAACUCUGAAGAUUUUCUGGAAACCACGAUGGAGCUUCCCAAGGAAGAGAUUCCUAGAACGUCCCACCCUUCUGUGUGGGAACCCAUGGUUCCUUGGAAUCCACGGACUUUCCCUACCACAGCUCAAGCGAACGAUAUGGAAGCCCCCAUCUGCCUGAUAGAGAACAGUCCCAAAGAGAAGCUACGGAUCAACCCGGAAGCCCUGGAGAUCCUUCGGAAGAUCCAGCAGCCGGUGGUGGUGGUGGCCAUUGUGGGACUAUACCGGACCGGCAAGUCUUACCUUAUGAACAAGCUGGCAGGAAAAGACCAAGGAGGUUGGAUGGGUGGGUUAGUCGGAUGGAUGAAUGCCACUCAUUUGUGUCCCUCUCUGCAGAGCAACACUGAGAACGACUCAUGGAUAUUUGCCCUCUCCGUUCUUCUCAGCAGCACCUUCGUGUACAAUAGUAUGAGCACUAUUAACCACUACGCACUGGAGCAAAUGCACUAUGUGACUGAACUAACGGAGCAUAUCAAGAUGAAGACCCCAAACAGGAACCGCAGUAAGAGCGACGACGGCUUUCCUGAUCAGUUUGCCAGUUUCUUCCCGACGUUUAUUUGGGUCGUGCGGGACUUCACGCUGCAGCUGGCACUGCAAGAUGGACGCCAAAUCACUGAGGACGAAUAUCUGGAGAAUGCUUUAGAGAGGAAGACAGAUGCCCCAGAGAAGCAGGACCUUCCCAAAAAAUGUCUACGGGAGUAUUUCCCCAACCGGAAGUGUUUUGUAUUUGACCGACCAGCCUCACGGCAUGAUUUGCAAUUCCUAGAACAUCUCCCCGAGUCAAAGCUGAGCCCUGAAUUCAUGGAGCAGGCACGCCGCUUCUGCAACUACAUUUAUGAGAAUGCUCAGGCCAAAGUGAUCCAGGGAGGACAUGUGGUGACAGGGUCCUUGUUGGGGAACUUGGCCGAGUCUUACACGGAAGCCAUCCGGUGUGGUUCCAUCCCUUGCAUCGAGAACGCAGUGCUGGCCUUGGCCCAGAUCGAGAAUUCGGCUGCCGUUCAUGAGGCUGUUCAACGUUAUGAAGCUACGGCAGACCUUAUGUUGAUGAUGCCUACGGAAGAUCUGGAAGAACUGCUGAGAGUACACUCGUCUUGUGAGAAAGAGGCCAUUCAAGUGUUCAUGAACCGUUCCUUCAAGGAUGAGGGUCAAGUGUUCCAGGAACAAUUGGGGAACCAGCUGCAGUCCAAACUUAAGGAGCUCUGCCGUCGGAACGAGCAGGCGUCUUCGGACCGCUGCCAGGCCGUGCUUAUGGAAUUGUUCCAGGACAUGGAGGGGAAAAUCUGUGAUGGGAGCUAUUCAGUGCGUGGUGGCUAUCAACAGUUCCUGAAUGACCAACAGAACGUAGUGGAGAACUAUAACAUGGUGGCUGAGAAAGGAUUAAUGGCUGCCAAGGUCCUACAAGACUUCCUGCAGGCUAAGGAGAUGGUAGCACAGUCCAUUCUGCAAACUGACCAGAACCUCACAGAGAAACAGAAGGAAAUUGAGGUGGCAAAAGCCCGGGCAGAGGCCUCAGAAAGGGAGGCUCAGCUGCAAAGAGAAAUGCAAGAAAAGAUUCAACGGAUGGCCCAGGAAAUGGAACGAAGUUACGAGGAACAUGAAAGGUACCUCAUGGCCAAGAUGGAGGAGGACAAGAGGAAUCUGCUGGCUCAGCAAGAGAGGCUGUUGAACCAGAAGCUCCAGGAGCAGAGUCGGCUUCAGCAAGAAGGUUUCCACCAUGAAUACUCAAGGCUUCAGGGUGAGAUUCAAAAUCUGCGAUCUCAAAUAUCUCAGACGAGGCAAGAACCUACGUGUCGAAUCUUUUGAAAACGGCAUCUCUGGGAGACUGAGGAAUGGAUCGAAAAUCUGGCCCUGAAUUUAGGCCUGUGCAACUUGAACACGAUCAAUGAAUGGAAACCUAUUGUUGUGUCAGAGAUAACAAAACCAGUAUUUCGCCUGUAUUUGUGAUAUGUCUGUAUCAGUAUUCACAUUUUUAAUGCCUGCAUUUUAAAGUAGAAUGGACGAUUAGUGUUACACCAGAGAAAUGAUCAAAAAUGUGUAAAAAUGUUUCUACUAAGUGUUGGAAAUGUGAAAAGAAAGUAGGGAACAUCUAUCAUAUGUGGUG